CUCCUAAUCCCUUCUGUAUACAAGCUGUCACCUCUCACUCUGGCUUUGCCUUCUCCUUCUCUUCUUCGCCAAAUCCCAAUCUCAAUCCCGAAAACCAUUUCACUGAUCCCCUACCCCUCCCCCUCCCUCCAACAAUGUUCCCACACCCUUAAAAAAUCAAAACCUCAAAAACCAAAAAACAUCAAACCAUGUUUUCCUUCCCUCACAAUGUCUUCCUACCCAUCCUUGUCUUUCCAAUCAUUAUUUGUUGCUGCUCCGCCUCCUUGUUGGGUCGGAGCAAUGCGACGACAAUCUACGAGGUCCUGAGCGAGCACGGGCUGCCCAUGGGCCUGUUCCCCCAGGGCGUGCGGGAGUUCGCGGUGGGCGAGGACGGGCUCUUCUGGGUGCGCCUUGACGAGGCCUGCAACGCCAAGUUCGAGAACGAGCUGCAUUACGAGCGCAACGUCUCCGGCCACCUCAGCUACGGCAUGAUCGACGCCCUCUCCGGCCUCGAGGCCCAGGAUCUCUUCCUCUGGUUCCAGGUCAUGAGCAUCCGCGUCGACGUCCCCAGCACCGGCCUCAUCUACUUCGACGUCGGCGCCGCCUCCAAGCGCUUCCCCCUCUCCCUCUUCGAAACGCCGCCCGAAUGCGUCGCCGUUAGCUCCCAACAACAAGACGCCCCUUCCCACCACCAGGGUCAGGUUCAAUCUGGAAGGAUUCGGCAUAAGCUCAAUCAGGGAACCUCUGGAAGAGAUGUUCUAUAGAGUAUAUGGGCAUUGAAGAAGAGGGUGAAUGAUGGAGUUUUUCUGUAGCACGAUCAUCAUGGAUUCUCCAGUCAGAUUGUAUGCCUAGGGAGAGUAUAAAUUAAUAGGUCCAUUGUUUGGACCUGUUGUGUUGUUUGUGUUAUCUUCUCAUAUAGUGCAGAGUUAGUGUUGUAGAAGCAACCUGUGUCUUGGUAUUUUUUUUAUUCAUAGAUACUUAUAAAAAGGGAAGCAACUGAGAUAAAUUUCCUGAAUCUGUUUCUCAUUGAGAAGAUGGUGGUAAUGCAGCAUUUUGUUGAGAUGGGUUCAGGUGAAAAGUCUGCAAGAUUUUGUUGUAUGUCAAAUGUUAUUUGUAUUAUUAUAAGAAUAUAUUGGGGGUGUUUAGUUGAAUCAAAUUUAUUAUAUUAAUUCAAAAUAGAUAGAACCAUAUACACUUUUGAUAUGAAAAA